AAAUCUCCUCUUUCUCCUUUCUUUCAAACAACCAGUUCUUAAAUCCAUCUCUCAACACUCCCAAUUUCAUUGUUGUGCUCUAUAAGGAACUCCUGCAGGUGAACAACCCACAAAAAUGGCAGUUUCAGAGAUCUUUUUGCGCCUUUCUCCAGCUCUGGCGAUUGCUUCCGUGCUCCUGAUCAUGCCGGUUCACUCCCAGAUCCAGACCCCUUGCACUGCUUCAAUGCUCGCUAGUUUAACUCCAUGCAUGAACUUUCUUACCAACAGCAGCUCCAAUGGAGCUCCACCAACUGCAGGUUGUUGCAAUGUUCUCAAGUCCCUUGUGAGCAAUGGCACAGAUUGUCUGUGCCUUAUUGCCACUGGAAGUGUCCCCUUCCAAAUACCCAUCAACCGGUCCCUCGCCAUCUCCCUGCCGCGAGCCUGCAACAUGCCCGGCGUUCCUCUCCAGUGCAAAGCCUCUGCUGCCCCUAUUCCAGCUCCAGGGCCAACCGCAUUUAGAACUAAUUUGGCUCCUGAAGGUCCUGCUCCUCUUAGUCCUCAAGGGUCUGUUGAUCCCGAAUCAGUGCCACCAGCUUUGGCACCAGAUGCCCAGAUGACUCCUGAUCUCACCCCUCCAUCUACAACCAUGGAGCCAGAAGCUCCAACGGGGAAUCCAGGAAGCAGGCCCGUUCUCAACCCGUCGGCUGCUGAGCCCCCUCACAGUUUUUCACCAUCUUUGGUGCUGGCUCUGAUAGGAGCCAUACUUCUGAAGUGCUACUAGAGCUAGUUCUGCAUCUCUGUAUUUCUAUGCAUAUGUACUUAGGAUAUUGUCUAUGCACUAGAGAAACCAUUCUUUCGGGGUGUGAAACAUUGUUUGGACCUAUUCUGGCGAUUGUAUUCAUCAAUAAGCCUGCAAUAUUGAUUUUCUAGUGGAAUACCAUAGCUUCUUCUUG